AAUUAGGUUAAAGCAUAACUGCUAUUCGUCAAUUUGGUGUUGCCCUCCGAUCAAGAGCGAAUCCGAAAAUGAAGACUCUAAUAUGCUGCGUCCUGUUCUUUGCUGGUUCUAACGCUUGGUUGUGGCCAAAAAAGGCGUCCUAUGAGAAGCUUUAUGUGACAUUUCUAAAGUUUGACCGAAUGCCUGUAACAAAGAGCGAUGCGGUGUCAAAGGGAUGGAAACUUACAAAGUCCUGUGAUGCUUCCAAUGCGUUUGCUGGUAACCGCUAUGUGUUGAAUGGUGACAUCGCCACCAUGCUUCUCCUGGACAAUAACGGGCUUCUUGCUGGAAUACAGAUGGGCGUCUCGAAGUCAGAGGUCCCAGCCAAGAGCGCCCCCUGGGUGUCAGAGGGGGACAUGUACGUGAUCACUGCAUACUUCCGCGACCCAAGCUCCGUAUGCAGCCCCGUUACCAAGCGUCACGUGACAAAGGAAUACGGGGACAGGCUGGUAAUUCAGAACGGCGCGUCCAUCUCAAGCCUCAUCACCAUCCCCUACAAAGAGGAGGGACUGAAAGGCAGUAGCUGGGUCGAGGGAAAGUGCUUUCCCCUUAUGGGUCAACACUACUGGUACAACAUCUCUAACAACAUGAAUUGUGAAGACUUCUACCCCGUCUUCAUUAUGUACAAUGGCGGAGAGCUGAACGGAUUCGGAUGGAACAUUCAGAAGGAUCUGAAGAGCCUCCGCUACGAGCACCCCACCCCCGACAAACUCAAGUAUUUCUUUCACUCGGCAACACGCCCCAAGUGCCUGGACACCGCAGGACCGCUGACCACCCAGCACAUCUACAUGGACUGGCCGUACAAUAACAUUUGCUAUUUGGGCAAGUAGUAUAUAGUGUACAGCUGUGAUCAAGAGUUGCGCGGGCACGGGGUGACUCUGUUCGUCAAAACAGCUUGUAGUUUAUAGUGCUUGAAACCCAAGUAGAAAAGUUUGGGAGAUUUAAUUAAAACUCUGCACCAUGA